GUCACACUGGUGAAAAUGUUUACCUCUUUGUUUAAACAGAUAAUUUAAGUAAUUAAAUGAAAAUGAGUACUUAAAAACUGGUCAGUCCGGUAGAAAAUUGAUUCGUGCAUUGAAGGCAAUUCAGUGCCGAGUGUCCAAGUUAAACGGAGUUUCAAAAUCGAGGAAAAUUCCGCUGUACACCACCCUUUCUGGUCGCAAACCAUCUCUAUUUAUGAUAAUUUCGACCCAUGAGAUGUGGUAAAUAGAGGAAAUGACACUGGCACACCGGGCACUCUUUACGUGGUUCAUAGUACUCGUCUUCCUCAUCCUCCUCUGCCUGCGCCUUACUCCGCGCACCACCUGGAAUUGGUUUGUUACCUUCACGCCGCUGUGGUUCUUCGACUGCAUUCUCAUAAUCUACGUGAUCAUAAAAUUCAUACGCAAGUGGAGGAAUCUGAACCGCCUAACAGACCUGCUGCUCCUGUACAAGUGGAACAUUGGCGGUGUGCUGCUGACCAUCACCUCACAGGUAAUGAUAUGCCUGACAUUGGAAUAUCCACAGCAGAUACCCAUCUACGUGACCAUCGCCCCUUUGAUACUGCUCCUGAGCACCGCAAUUUUCUAUGUGGGCAGCAGGCUCGGUAAACGGGAGGGCUGGUUGAAUUAAACCCCGGAUUAGUGUACCAUUAAAACGUAUAUUUAUAGUUAGCUCGUAAAUAAAAUGGAAAUUCAGAAACCAUA